AUGAGCCUCUCGUUUGAAUCACGCGUGCUGGACGCCAGCGGGGUGUCUGGGCGGCAGCAGGUGUCGUGUACCCUCGUGACUGGCUUCCUGGGAUGCGGCAAGACCACUCUGCUGCAGGUGAGUGCGGGAAAAGGCAGAGGAGAUGGCUGGGGCGAAGGAGAUCGUUAUGCCGGAGGGGGCUGGAAAAGGAGGGGACUGGAAAGGGGGGGGCUGAAGAGAGGGCUGUAUAGAAUGUUUGCGCUUACUGCCCUCUUCACCGCCCUUUCCUCACCACUUAAUGCCCCUUAUCGCCUCCCGUUGCCCCCCUACCAGCACGUGUUGAAGGAGAAAGGCGACCUGCGUGUAGCCGUGCUGGUGAACGAAUUCAGCCCUGUUGACGUGGACUCCCUGCUGCUCCAAUCACAGCGCGCCAACGUGGCAGUCGGGGCGCCCCCCGGACAUGGGGACCUGGCAGGGGGUGAGUGUGUGAAAGAGGAAGGAAGUGUGGGCAAGGGGAGGGUAAAAUUAAUGGGCUGCGCAUGUUGCCACGUCAGCGAUGGACUCAAGAAGGCCGUGCGAGCAGCAGUUGGUGGCGCCAUGUCAGCAUGCGACUACCUCAUUCUGGAGACGUCGGGCCUAGCGGACCCUCAGCCGAUAGCGGCCCAGCUGAUGGAAGCCGGGGUGCGGCUCGACAGAGUGGUGGCAGUGGUGGAGGCUGAGACGCUGCCGACCCUCCUUGAACAGCAGCCAAUAGUGCGGCGACAGCUGGCUGCGGCUGACCUGGUGUUGCUGAAUAAGUGCGACCUGGUGUCGCUGGGUGCGCUCUCAGAUGCAGAAGACAUGCUCCUGAGAUUCCUCACCACAGGAGACUCUUCAAGCCACCCACGUGGCCACCCACAUACCAACGACGCACGUGGCAGCAGCACUCACGCUUGCACCUCCUCUCACACACACUCCCAUCCUCCCACCUCCUCCUCCGGGCGGCCAUCCAACCUGCCACCUCCCCCUGUAGUCCGCACCCGUUACUGUCACGUCCCCUUGGAUCUAAUCCUAGAUACCGUUCCUGUAUCGCAGCCUGCUCCUCCUCUCACCUCAACGUCUGCUCAUCUCUCCUCUGGCUUCCUCUCCCACGAAGCCACAGCAGCCCCCUCCUUUCGCACUCCCACCCCUCACACUCCCUCGCCCCUCACUCCCUCAAUGCACGAGGAAGGGAAACAGUCAAGUGCAAGGCAUGGAGCGAGGAGGUGUCAACAGGGUGCACCUGCACCAGGUCAUGCCUCCACCCAGUUUACAUCACUCCUUUUUGAGUCACAGCACCCCCUUCCGCUGGCUGCAUUCCAGCACAUCGUGGCAACGAGACUGCGAGGCAGAGGCGCCAACAGCAACAAGAGCAGCGGUGGCACCGCCUCCAGCAGUACGGCCAGUGGGUGUGCUCCGGUACAGGGUCUGCUUCGAGCCAAGGGCUUCCUUUACUUCAAAGAGAUGCGGCAUCUGCGGUUUGUGUUUCAGCUGAGUGGCAGCAGCCGUUGCUCCUGCACUGCCAUCGACACUUGGGACUGCCCACCCUCCUGCCGCCUCGUGCUCAUUGGCCAGGAUGCUGCUGAGCUGGCAGGCCUGGUGUCUGAGCUGGAAUCACUCGCGGAGGAUCAAAAGACGGAUGGUGCGGGAGAGGGUUCAGGGGAUGGGGUUUCAGAGGUGGCUUGUGAAACAGGCUCGAGAAACGUGGCUGGGGAGGCGGUAUGUGGGGAAGGCUCAGCUACUGCUGAGGCAGCAAGGCUUGUGGAGAUGCUGACAGCAGAUGAGAGAUUUGAGGUGAGAUGGGUGGUGAUUGAUGCGUGGUGA